AUGGAUCGCAGUUCUCUUAAACACUACCAUCUGGAUCCCAUAGAUUCCAGGAAGAUUUUUCACACGUAUUUUUCUGCAAAAUCUGACAAAAUCAUUGUUGAUGAGAUUGUGAAAUAUCCAAUGGAAAUUCUUUACGAGGAGUUUAAGUCAGGGAACAUUAAAGGUGACACCUUCAUAGAUAUUUCAGUUGGUCCAACAAUUUCCCAUCUGCUUCCUGUGUGUGACUACUUCAAAGAAAUCACUAUUUUAGAAGUCAAUGAUCAAUGUCUGGAAGACAUAGAGAAAUGGGUGAAAAAGGAUGCGGAUGCUUUAGACUGGUCUCAUACAUCAACUCAUAUGGCAAAACUGGAAGGAAAUAGUGGCAACUGGGAAGAAAAAGAAGAACUUCUAAGAAGCCGAGUGAAACGCAUACUGAAAUGUGAUUUUACUAAAGAAAACCUGACAGACCCUGUUGUUUUAGAUAAAACUGAUUGCUUGAUGAGUCUGUGUAUAAUGCAUUUUGUGCACAAAGAUCAUGAGUCUUAUCGUGAAGGCAUGAAAAAAGUUACAUCUUUAAUCAAACUAGGUGGACAUCUGUUGAUGUUUGGGGUCUUUAAUGCAAAGUUCUGUACGCUUGGGGAAGACAAAUUGCAUAUUAUGUCUUACGAUGAAGAUUUUAUGUUAAGUACUUUGAAAACUAUUGGCUUUUCUAUUGAGAGCUUCCAGAAGACAAAAAGCAAAAUACGUUGCACAUUAGUAGAAUAUGAUCACAUUUGGUUUGUUAGAGCAGUAAAAAUGUGGGAGCUUUAA